CACCCCGCACGAUGGGCAUUCCAUUCUCUUUCGCCAGAAUGACUCCCAGGAAUAUAUGGGAUAUGUAUCGCCAGUCAUACUUCCUCGGCGAGCCUGGCUGGAAUGAAAGUGACAUGCCUGAUCUUGAGGGUCAGGUCGCUAUUGUCACUGGGGCGAAUGCGGGACUCGGGAAGGAAACUGCUCGGGCAUUGCUCGAGCACAACGCUACUGUCUACAUGGCUUGUCGCAGUCGCGCGAAAGCACAAGAUGCCAUCGCAGAGCUGCUCCGAGUGACAGGAAAGGAAGCAAUUUUCCUAGAAUGUGAUCUAUCCAGUCUCUCUUCCAUCAAGGCUGCCGCCGAGCAGUUUCUAAGCAAGCAGUCCCGUCUCCACAUCCUCUACAAUAACGGCGGUGUUAUGGUCCCUCCCAUCGAGUUGGUGACACCGGAAGGCUACGACCUUACCUUUGGGACGAAUGUUCUGGGUCAUUUCUACCUGACGAAACUCCUGUUUCCGGCCCUUGAAGCCGCGGCUGCGUCGACACCUGGAACAGGCCGCGUUCUGAACUUGACCUCGAUGAUCCACUACGCCGCCGUCAUCAACUACGCGUCGUUUAAAGACGGCCCAGUCCGCAGAAAAUCGCAUCCAUCAGAUCUAUAUGCGCAGAGCAAAUGGGGCACAGCCGUCUUUUCCGCAGAAUUGGCAAGGAGAUAUGCUGACAGGGGGAUUGUUUCUGUGUCUAUUAACCCAGGUAAUCUAAGAACGGACCUUGCCAAAGAUGCUACUGGCAUGGCACGCUUGGGCACGAAUAUCCUUAUGAUCCGGCCCGUGAAAUGGGGUGUGCUCUCCCAGCUGUGGGCGGGCACUUCCGAAGAAGGAGCGCAAUUGAACGGAAAAUAUGUUUCGCCAUGGGCCAAAGUGAACCAUGCACGUGCUGAUGUCGAUGAUCCUCAAUCCGGCUCGGAGCUCUGGGCCUGGUUGGAAGAGCAGGUGGCGCGGGCAUCAUUAUCCUAGACAGCUCGUACCUCGGCAGUGUAGCCAGCUAGUGCGUCGUAUGUACUUGUCGCACGUCAACCUGUCAACAGACCAUCGCGCUGUGCGACGACACCUGCCCUGGCUGCGCUUCUCCCUCUUCCAUGAGCGCUUCUCCCUCUUCCAUGACCUCACUUCAGAGUCCCCCGACGUAUUUGCAGACGAGCCCGGAUGAGCUCCCGGCGUACGGGCAGCUCCUGGAGCCCUCUCAGGCCACGUCUGGUAACCCGCUCGCAGAUCCUAAUCCCAAGGAGUACACUUUUGAUAUACGAAACUACUGGAGCAAACCCUCCGCGACGCUCACGAUCCUAGCGCACUCAAAGCUCAGCGUCAGCGCGCCGGUGUUCGUAGCCGGCUCCGCGAUCUCCGGAAGUUUUAAGCUCUUUGCUCGCUCGCCCGAUCCCGUCAAGGCGAUCACGCUCCAAAUCCGGGGCGACCUCUGUACUUCCGGGGAGCCGGUCCAGCGCUCGAAUUUCCUGAACGUGAAAAGGGUGCUCUGGGAUCCGUCCAUGGGGGAUCCGUCCGCGCCGGGUCCCGGAGCCGGGGGUCCCGAGUGGGACAAGAAACUCAAAGGGGACUACGAAUGGCAAUUCGCUAUUCCGACGCAAGAGCUCGUCGUGGCUGGCGCCGAAGAGGGGCAGCAGCCUUAUCGCAUGCCGCACACCUUCAAAGAGCGCUUUUCGCGGGCAGCGAUUGAUUACUAUCUCGUGCUCCUGAUCGAGAGGAAGGGGAAAUUCCAAUCGAAUGACCGGAUUGUGGCGCACUUCAACUAUUUUACGACUAAUCGGCCAGCUCGGCCUUCUCCAAGACGCGAGCUUGCGUAUAGGAAUGGGACGACGGCUCCAGGGCCUUUCGAAGAUCCAGAUGGAUGGCGAGCACUGGAUCCGGUGGAAUUCCGGGGGACGCUAUUCGGAGAACGCGCGAUCGCGGUGAAAUGCAGCGUAUACAUUGCCAAACCUUUCACUUACACCCGCAGCACGGCUAUUCCGUGUGCGAUGACGAUUGAGACCGCGGACCGACAGGCAGCGGACGUGUUUGCGUCCAUCAAGUCGUCCGGUGUGCAUCUCCAGCGCUGUGUCCGGUGCACAUACGAGGUGUCGAGCAGCGAGGUCGAGGCGCUGGGCCAGGUCGUGUGGUCGCCAGCACCGGUCGCUGCAGACGAGUCCGUGUCCGUGACGGGGGGAAACCACGUCCGGCAUCUGGUGGGUGAGAUCGCUCUCAGCAAGGAUCUGUCGCCCUCGGGUAAAAUCCGGUACUUCAGCCUGGAGUACGCCAUCGUCAUCACGCCUCCAAAUGCCGUUGCUUUCAAGCCGGAUGAUUCGAAGCCUCGAGGUCUCUUCCCGGUUGAGAUAGUCACGACUUUUGCGCCUGGCCCGCGGCCAAGGGUGUCCUCGCCGCCUGCAUAUCCGGUUCCUGGCUCGGGAGGCACUGGGCGCUUUGACAGACUGGACACAGUCCGAAUUUUUUGAGCGCGUAGUCUACUGUAAACCUAAUUGCAUGUACCCAACAAUCGCAUGAAAUUCAACUCUCCUAUUUACAUUCUGCGGCAAACACCGGACGCAUCAGUGACGCGUCACACAAGCGACGGCGAUGACAUCAGCUUGAGAGCAACAGCGAUCAAGCACCGACUCAGACCACCACUACCACCACCAAGUACGCCCGCCAUGUCUCUCAUACACGCAUUGGUCGCACGCGGCUCGACGAUUCUUGCCGAGCAUCAAGCGGGCAAGCGAAAUUUCUCGCAAGCCACGGAGAAGAUCCUCUCGAAGAUCCCGCCCAAUGACAGCAAGCUCACGUACGUCUGGGAGGAGUUUCUGUUCCACUAUAUCUCCGAGGGCGGCUUCACGUAUCUCGUCAUGGCGGACGAUUCGGCUGGACGGCGCAUGCCUUUCGCGUUUCUGGCUGACCUGCAGAGGAAGUUCUUGGGAGCUCCGUCGUCCGCAUCGCUCGACACGCCCGUGCACGGCCUGCAAGGCUCGUUCGGGCCGACCAUCGCUGACCUGAUGAACACGUACAACACGUCCCCACCCGCCGACGAGCUGUCGCGCGCGCAGAACGAGCUGAAUCAGGUGAAGAACAUUAUGGUGCAGAACGUCGAGCAGAUUCUCAGCCGUGGGGAGCGCAUCGAGCUGCUGGUGGACAAGACCGACGUCAUGGCCGGUCAGGCGACCGCGUUCCGGAGAGGAGCGCGAACAGUCCGGCGACAGAUGUGGUGGCGCAACUCGAAGAUCACGGCGCUGUGUGUUUUGGUCGCUUUGAUCUUCCUGUGGAUUCUGGUCGCGCAGUUCUGUGGAGCGGGUCUUAACCAGUGUGGCUCCAAGAAGGGCUAGAUCGGCAGCGAUGACGUCCCUCGUCUGCUGCUGCUGUAUCAUCUAUCCUACGAUAUCAUGUCAUAUUUCGUCGCUCUCCAACCAUUCUGCAUGCGGUCCUGUCUGUCUCGCCACUUUCCGGGAUCGUUCCUCUCUCCACCGGCAACUUCCAGAGGACAAUGGCGAAAGAGAUCACGAUGUCCCGGGUUUUCUGUGCUAGCGCCUUCUCAAUCUAUCAACACAACACAAGCCCUCGGGUAGUGCAGCCAUUGGUGCGCCGGUGCUGCGUUGCAUUGUUUCAGGAAGAUCGGGAAUUUCCUAUCGUUCGUGUUUUCUUUCCGGAUAUAUUUGGUCUCUCGUGUCUUGUGGGGAUCUCCGUGGCCUGUUUAUCGCUGUGCCCCCGACACAAUCGUGUCCGUUUGCGCAGGCUGGAUUGUCUACGAGAUUCAUCCAUCCCGCAUCGCAGCCGGAUGCGCGAUCGCAAACCUUCCGUUCCCCCGGGCUGGCUUGGACAUACGGGGUGGCUUCCUGAUUGGGCAGGAUCUGUGGCAGGUUGUGGUGGUCUUCCCCCCGGAAAGCUUGUUAUUCUGGGCUGCGAUCCGGGUGCGUGGGGCUGGCUGGCUGGCCGGCUACUAGACAGACGGACAGUCGCGGCGGCGCCGGUGAGCAGGCGCCACACGCUGUUGUGUUUCUCCGUGCGAGUGUGAGCGUGAGGCAAUGCAAUGCAAGGCUGCUGCUGCGCACGUUCGAUGGAUGGAUGGACCUGGGCCAGACGUUUCUUCCCUUCUCUUCCUUCCGUUCUUUUUUUGCUUGUGCGAUUCUCUGAAUCCACCCACCCCCCAUCGAUAACCCCGUCGUCAAUUCUCGGCUCACUGGCAUCCCAUCAGUCCGUGCUGGAUGGUCGGUUGGGGAUGUAUCUUACUGCUGUGCGUACGGUACCUGAGAGGCACUCGGAGAAAGACAGCGCUGCGCGCCGUUACGUACCUCGUGUGUGUGUGGUGGUGGAUUCUGUCGAUCUCGAGCUCGUGUGAUGUGGACACCAGCCCCCGAUAUCAUAUCAUUGAGUAUGCCUGAGCUUACUUGCGUUACCUCAGCCUAGCUCGGCUGAGCUUAGCUUGGACUGGGUGGGUCGCGUGGUGCGCAGACGGCUGACCAGGGCCCCCCAUCACCAGACACGCAGACUCAGUGCGCUGGCGCAGAUUCCAUUGAGGUGCCACCGGAUCUCGAGUGGUCCAGACACUUGGCUCAAUGAUAACAAACACACACCUGCAGUAGCAGCAUCGUAUCUGAUAUCUGCCAUCUCGAUCGAUGCUUCCACGCCGGAGCGCCGGGCCGGUAUCACGGAGGCAGAUUCAGCCCGGGGGGAGCGUGCAUUUCGUGCAGAAUAGAAGGAAAUAAGGAUAUGGUACAAGGUGUUGUAUAUGAUAUCAUAUUAUGACGCGAACAAGGCAGAGGACGACGAGCGCGGCGGGACGCGCUUGCUCGAUCCCCGCCUGCUCAACUUGUCCGUGCGAGUACUAGUAGGAGUGCUGGUGCUGGUGCUGGUGGUGGGGGUGGUGGUGUUCGAUCGAUCGAAUCCGAUGGGCUGCGACUGCGCCUGGGCCUUAUUCGGGAGACUCGAGGACGCGUAGACAGCAGAAACCGGCGGCGCAGGCGCGACGGGCGCAGUGUACAUGAACGGGGGCCGCGGAUAAGCAGACUUUGAUGGCACACUAGGCUUCGGGGGUACAUGGGAUCCGGAUGGGCGUUCGAAGCGUACGUCUGGGACAGCCCGGACUUGUAAACGGACGCCGAAGCUUGAGAACUCGCGGUAGAAGACGCCGCUGCUGCUGCUGCCGCCGCCGCCGACGCAGACACAAACGGCCGCGUAUCGGAAUGGAGCAUCGGAGGAUGGAUGUAGAGCAUCGGCGGAUGAACAUAAGGGGUUGUCACUGCCGAAGGAGUGGCUGUCCUCCGAUCUUGCGGCGGACUGCCCGACACUCGAUACCUUGGCGGGGCCUCGACCGCAGGACUUGAUUGCCUCUGGCUAUACAACGGCAGCGGCUCGGGCAGAGACUCCCGCUCCUUCUGUUUGCCGGUGCGCUCCUUCUUCUUCGGCGGCUGCUGGGGCGGCGUGGGGGGCGAUGGGGGGAGAAAGUGGGACCGCGACAUAUUGGGCAGAGAAGAUGACGUCGGAAAUGGAUCGUGCAGGAUGUCAUGGAGACGACCACGCAUAUGGGUCUGUUGCGCAGAAGAAGAAGGAUGAUGAUGAUGAUGAUGCUUGAGUGGACCAGCCACGGGCGAUGCAGCUCGGGAAAGCGACCGGCUACGAGGCCGCGAAUGGGACCGCGAGCGGUCCGUUUGCUGUUGUAGGUGCAAUGAAAGACCGCUGGGAGGAGAGAAUCCGAGCAAGGGAGGCGUGACCGCCGAAUCCGCCAGAGCCCGCGCAGCAGCGGCCUCCCUCGACCCGGGCGAGAACAGCAGAAACGGCACGCAGUUGCACGAAUGCGGACACCCCGCAGCACCACAGUACACUCGCAUCGGCUCCAGCGGCUCCGUCUUCGAAUCGAUCAGAGCAGCCCAGGGCGACAGGAAUGGAGCGGGCGGCUCGUCCUCUUCUUCUUCCUCGAGAUCCGGCGCGGUGGGCGGCUUCAAGUCCGUGAUCGGAGAAAGAGGCAUCGAUUCGAUCGGCAACUCGGCGAGGCUCUCGCCCUCAGGUGACGAGAACUCGACCUCAGCGCGCAGCUGCUGGAGCUCGUCGGUCACAAGAAGCAGUUGGGCUUGAGCGGCCUCGUU